UAAGGGAUCCCUUUUAAGCAAAUCAUGAAAAUAAUGCAUAAAGCUCUGUGGCCACUUUAUAUAGUGGUGAUAUCUAUGAAUCUAAUGUGAAUAAUAGCAGCAACUAUCCUUCUUUUCAAGUAUUGGAGAAUACAAAUCAGAGAGUUCUAUUUCAGAUUCAUAGCAUUUUUCCUUAUCAUGGCCUACGCUUCAAGAAUAUUUGAGCUGAUUUAUUUAUGGACCUAUGAGCCUGAUACAUACUUUAACAGAAAUCACAAUGCAGGAGAUUUAGCAAUUCAAACAGUCAAGAUGAUACUAGUAUUCCUACCAAUACUGAUGCAUUCCUUUUCAAUUCUGGGAUACUCCUUCAGAUGGUCUAAUUUCUGUAUAAUAUGGCGUUACAAAUCUGCGGAUGGGACUUUGGGUAUCAUGGCAACUGCAAGGAUUGGUAUCAAGGAAAAUAAGGUGAUUCUCAAGAACAAUCUUAUAAAGGGACUAUACAUCUCUAUCCUAGUCGCAUCUAUGGUACUAUUCAUUAUUACUGCUUGAAAUGUGCUUUCCAACUAUUUUACCUUUUACUUAAUGUGUUUACUGUUGUUUAUAAGCGGGAUAAUGCUACUAGUUGCAUCUAAUUGGUUCUUAUGAAUGCUGAAGAGCAAUAAGAUGGCUCUAUAUCAACAAAAAGUUAACAUCAUAAGAGCUUACACUACAAUAAUAGCUCUAUGAAUGCUGUAUAGAUGAGUAAACUUGAUGUUUGAUUCUUUUGUCCAAAAUCCUAAAGAGGCCUGAGGAACAUUAUGUAAAAUAGAUGACAUCUUGAUGAUUAGUUGCUACUUCACAGAACUUUUACCCUCGGUAGCUAUAAUGGUUGUACUUUGGAAAUCAUAUAAAGAAAUGAAAAAUAUGAAAGCCAUGAGAGGAUCAAUCUUUUCAGAAGAUACAGACUUUGACCAGCAGUUCAAACAAGGAGAAACGAGUGACGAAGAAUUCCUAAAACAAAACCUUCUCAUCACAAGAACCGGCUCUGCAUUCCACGAAACAGGCACCUACAAACAAACCAGCUGGGAUUUCUCCAACUCCGUUCUCAAAUCCACAAGUCGCGAGGACCCUGGCGAAAGAAGUGGCUCCGAAUCCUUCCUGACCUACUACUAAAUCUCCUCAAAAAUUCCAAAUUCCUUCAGACCAGAACAAAUUUAGCCUGAUUUUAUAGUCAAAAGU